UGCCCUACGUUCAUGAAGCCACUGGAGUUGUUGCAGCAUAGAUCUAGACGACACACUGCUGGUAGUGUGGUAGUCACCGGUGACAGAUCUGGCUGACCCACGCUGCACCAUCUCAAGUUUGUUGAUUUUGUUGGCUGUGGAGGGAUCCCAAAUUACACUGGCAUACUCCAUAAUUGGUCUUACAUGUGUCUUAUAGCACAGUUCCUUGGUGUUUCGUGGACACUGGUAGAUGAAAGCUCUGGUGUUGUUAGCUUUCUUAGCGACCUGAUUGAUGUGGUCAAUCCAGCUUAAGCUGCUGUGGAUGUUCACUCUGAGGUAUUUUGCUGACCCUACCUCCUCUAGGAUGUGGCCAUGGAUGCAUGGUGUAUGGAUAUUUUAUCAGAGAUCUUUUAGUUCCUCCAGGUUCUUGAUUUCUCUGUACAUCACACAGUCGUCAGCAAAGAGCCGCGCGGUGGAACCAUUGGUGAUGUACUCUGGAAGAGUAGGAAUAGGAUCGGCCCAAGCACGCUACGUAUACCCUGAGGCACACCGGAGAGCGGCCACCGGAGAGUACAGGAGUGUGUGCAUGUAUUGUAGAACGAAUAUUCAUAUCCUGCCUACUCUCCGCUCCGACCAUCUAUCAGAAAUCGUCCGUCCGUCGUACAGAGCUACUUUAUCGCAGCUAAUGUGCAUGGUGCCCACAAAGGACUAUCAUAGAUCAGUUGUGAUCUUAAAAGUUGUUCAAGUGAAGUACUGUGAAAAAAGUAAAGCAACCCAUUGUAUUUACUUGAAGGAGCACAGUGUCCGUGAGGGAGAUAAAUGUAAACCAAAGGAAACCACACUGUUUCUACUGAACAUACCACCCUAUUGUAAGGAGGAACAUUUGAGGCGCAUGUUCUGUACAUUUGGAAAAGUUCUUCGUGUAUUUCUCCAUGACAAGCCAUCCUGUGGACCACCACACAAAGAUGCCUCUAAACACUUCCCAACUGUGAAAUUGCAAGAGGGAUUUAAGGUGGCUUACAUUGUGUUCAAAAGGCCAGAUUCUAUCGGGAAAGCCAAGAGUAUUCCAUACAGCAAACCACUGGUUAUUUCAUUGGACAACCCUCACAAAUGUACAAACACAGGCAUGGGGAAGUGGUGCAAGAAUUACGAGAAGGAGAGGAUAAAUGAGGAAGAUCUGCAACAGGAGAUUGACACUUACAUGGCCAAGUAUGAUGCUCGUGUGGAGGAGGAAAAGCAGAAAGCCAAGGAUAUGGAGGGUGUGCCUGAUGAUGAGGGCUGGGUGACAGUAACUAGACAUGGCAAAAACAAAGGGGUUCCCUGGAAGGAGUCACAAGAGAAAAAAGUCACAGCCCGAGAAAAGAAGAAGAGAAAAGACAAGGAGCUGCUGAAUUUCUAUUCUUUCCAAAUCAGGGAAACAAAGAGGGAGCAAAUAGCCGAAUUGAGGCAGAAGUUUGAGGAAGACAAACAGCGAAUUGCUCUGAUGAAAGCAUCAAGACGAUUCAGACCAUAUUAAUUGUUAUGUUACCAUUAUUUUAAAUACAAUAAAAUAUGAAAUUAA